AUGGCAGCCCUCCGCUCUACCUCUCGCCUGCUUGGCCUCGCCUCGCCGUCGCGGGCAGCGGCGCUCCCGGCCGCAUUCGCGCGGUCUAUGGCGUCCGUAUCCAGCGCUCCCCUCGACGCAACGCCGACGAGCAGCAGCGACACGCGCAUCAAGACCUUCCAGAUCUAUCGGUGGAAUCCCGACACGCCGACCGAGAAGCCCAGGAUGCAGAAGUACGAGCUGGACUUGAACAAGACCGGGCCCAUGGUCCUCGACGCCCUGAUCCGGAUCAAGAACGAGCAAGACCCCACCCUGACGUUCCGCCGCAGUUGCAGAGAGGGCAUCUGCGGCAGCUGUGCCAUGAACAUCAACGGGACGAAUACCUUGGCGUGCUUGUGCCGCAUUCCUACCGACACGAGCAAGGACACGAAGAUCUACCCUCUACCCCACACAUACGUCGUGAAGGACCUCGUCCCGGACUUGACGCACUUCUACAAGCAAUAUAAGUCGAUUAAGCCCUAUCUCCAAAGAGAUACUCCCGCGCCAGACGGCAGGGAGUACCGGCAGAGCAAGGCCGAGCGGAAAAAGCUCGACGGGUUAUACGAGUGCAUCCUGUGCGCAUGCUGCUCGACGUCGUGCCCGUCGUAUUGGUGGAACUCGGAAGAAUACCUGGGCCCGGCGAUCCUGCUACAGUCAUUCCGCUGGCUGGCGGACUCGCGCGACGAGCGCAAGGCCGAGCGGAAGGCCGCCCUCGACAACUCGAUGAGCCUCUACCGCUGCCACACCAUCCUCAACUGCACGCGCACCUGCCCCAAGGGCCUCAACCCCGGUCACGCCAUCGCCCAAAUCAAGAAGGAGAUGUCGUUCUGAUAGGCUAGGCCCGACGGGGCGGGGGGGGGAGAAACCAGGGACGUGCAGUCGAGAGGGAGGAGGGGGAAAAAUGAGCUAUGGGAAUGGAGGCUGGGAGGGAGGGGAGUAUGGGGCCCUACGAGGAUACAGGUCGCGGGGUAUGAGCUUGCUACUGCUAUUUGCUACUACCCUUACUGCUGCUACAUGGGAUGGGCUCGCGAGAGGACGACGCGGAGAAGAGAAACAGUCGAGCACGGGAAUAGGGAUGCGGGAUGCGGCCGACGACAGGCAAAAAAAACACUGUACAAAGGUCUUUUUCUCGACGAGGUUUACGUGUACGCUACAUGGCGCGGCGGCCUCCCUUCCUCCCUCGCUCACCCCCUUCUGUCGGGAGGCUGUCUAGGGCGGGAGAGGAGCGAGUCGGUUGGGCUACG